AAGGCCUCUGUGUGUUUCCGGUUGAAAGUGCGGCGGUAAACCGGAAACCCACGCGGAUUCCACAGCUGACAGGUAGAGGACUUGGGCGAGCACGCGGUGACGUUGACAGUUCUGGAUGCAGACCGCCAGGCCCCUGGUGGAGGUGGUCCGUCUGGGCCUGGUGUCCUAUCAGGAGGGUCUGAGGCUGCAGCAGGUCUACACUGACCGGCACCGGUUCGGUCCGGCCCACACGCUGCUGCUCUGCCAGCACUCGCCAGUCUACACCACUGGGAUCCGGCACAAACCAUACCCGGGUCCAGUACUGGACCGGCUCCGGCUGCUGGGGGCCGACGUCCACCACGCCAACAGAGGAGGACUCAUCACCUUCCACGGACCGGGUCAGCUGGUCUGCUACCCGGUGCUGAACCUGGGGAGCUUUGAGAAGAGCGUCCGGUGGUACGUGGGCCAGCUGGAGAAGACGGUCAUUGCGCUGUGCAGCAGGUUCGGCGUGGAAGCAGCGACGUCUCCUCACACGGGAGUCUGGGUCGGAGACAAGAAGAUCUGCGCCAUCGGAAUCCACUGCGGCCGCUACGUCACGUCUCACGGCUUGGCUCUGAACUGCAACACGGACCUGUCGUGGUUUGACCACAUCGUGCCGUGUGGGAUCCAAGGCAAAGGCGUGACGUCGCUGAGCAGAGAGCUGCAGAGAGACGUCGGCGUGGAGGAAGCCGUCCCUCACCUGCUGGACGCCUUCAGGGAGCAGUUCAGCUGCCGGCUGACGGAGGCAGAAACGCCAGAACCCGACCGGAACGGCGGCGCGUCGCCUGCGUAGAAACUGUUUCACUCAUGAUGCCUUUUUUCUCCUCCACUGACAACAAAAAAUUUUUAAGAAUCAGGAACACUAAAGCUGUGAAUUAUACCUCCGUUGUUUUUCAUAUAAAAUAAAGAGAUCAGACGAUGAACCUGUUUGUUGUCUGAUUCAGAACAACAGACGAAACCUGCUUGUUAUGUGGAAACAUAUCAGUCGGUUCAGUUUUCAGUGUUUAUAUUUGUAUCUGAGUAUUUUAUGUUGAAAGGAACCAUCAGAGUGUUUCUGGGAUCAGGAAAAGGGCAGCUAACGUUUCUGCAGACCCCACACAUCCUGGACACAAACUGAUUAGACUUUCACAUUCAGCUCGGUGCUACAGAGACGGUUUCUCCCUCCAGAAUGUCUCUGAUGGACACUUAACAGACACUCAGAUCAAUAUUUGCACUAAUUCCCUCUUGUGUAAAAACACUGGAAAAUAUACAAAAAACAUUUUUUAAUAUUUUAUCCUUGUUAUACAUGUUAAAUGUCUUCAUUCAAAGUAAUUAGAA